AUGACAACACUCCCAUCCGAUUCCAGGCUAAACCCCACAGCAACCCCGUUCCUCCCCGCAAUCAGCUCACUGCCAACCCUGUCCGACACCGCCCUGGCCGCAACCCUGGACCUGCUGUUUGAGCCCUGCCCCGACUUGCACGCGCUCGCGCUGCCUACUAUGCGGACCAUCUCGUUUGGGUCGUGGGACGAUUUGAUUGGGACGUUGCGUGAGCAGUUGAUGGAGCUUGUUUCUGUCGUUCAGGGUGAGGGUGAUGAACAGAAGAGGGAGGGUGAGGGAAGGAAGGCGCUGCAUCGUGUCCUGGGGAGUCAUCCCCGUCUGGGCGAAAAGAAAUCUAAUGGAGGGGUUGGAGGGGCUGGGAUUAGCGGCGGAGGCGGGAUGAGUGUGUUGAGCAGCAUGGAACAGAGCCAUUUAAGGGGUCAUGGUGGGAGCGAGGAGGAGGAGGAGUUGGCGAGGUUGAAUCGGGAGUAUGAAGCGAGGUUUCCGGGGCUGCGGUAUGUGGUGUGGGUGAAUGGGCGGCCGAGGGAGGAGAUUUUUAGGGAUAUGAAGCUGAGGAUUGAGAGAGGAGAUUUAGAAGCGGAGGAGAGGGAGGGGAUACAGGCUAUGUGCGAUAUUGCUGCCGAUCGAGCACGCAAGCUGCUGAACAAGUCAGCUGAGGAGGCUGCUGGCGCCGGUCAGUGA